AGUGUCACUCCACUCCCCACUCCCCACUCCCCAGACGAGAGCUCUAGGGCGAGAUGAGCAGCCACCGCCGCCGCCACCACCACCACGUCCGCUCGCCGGCGACCGAGCCUCUGGACGACGACGACCUCCUCUGCGAGAUCCUCCUCCGUCUCCCGCCGCAGCCCUCCUCCCUCCCCCGCGCAUCAGCCGUCUGCAAGCGCUGGCGCCGCCUCGUCUCCGACCACGCCUUCUUCCACCGUUUCCGCCUCCGCCACCGCCGCAACUCUCCUAUUCUCGGGUUCUUCGACAGAUUUAAUGCUCUGUCCUUCCUACCUACUCUGGAAGCCCCCAACCGUGUCCCUCCCGGGCGCUUCUCUUUGGAGCACGGCGACGACGGCUCAAUGUCCCUUGGAUGUCGCCAUGGUCUCUUCCUCGCCUUCCUUUUGAAGCGCCACCAGGUCCUGGUGUGGGAUCCCAUCACUGGCGACAAGCACCACAUUGCCGUUCCCGCCGCGUUCGCUAGAGAGAAAACCCACGGCCUGGUCAAUGGGGCGGUGCGGCGCCCUGCUGGAGAGGGCCAGCACUUCCAGGUGGUCUUGGCAGUGGCAGACAACAAACAACAAGCGCUCGCCUGCGUUUACUCGUCAGCGACAGGCCUAUGGGGAAAUAUCAUCUCAACACCGCUUCCAUACGAUGAUGAUGAUGGUGAUGGGAUUCCCCCAAUGGUUUACACAGAUGACGCCGUGAUGGCUGGAGAUUCACUCUACUGGCAGCUUGCUGGGACAUCUGCAAUUCUGGAAUUUGAUUUGGUGAAGCAGAGCCUAGCUGUGAUAGAGGUGCCAAUGGAUACGUCUGGUGAGGACAAAAGCUUGAAGAUCAUGCGGGCCGACGGUGGUGGGCUGGGUUUACUCCUAGUGUCAGAUUCAGACUCUACCGCCCAGUUAUGGAAGAGGGAGACUAAUUGUGAUGGUGUUGCUUCGUGGGGGCUUGCAAAAACUAUUGAACUGGACAAGCUACUUUCACUGAAACCAGAGGAGCAAGGGAUGCUAGUGAUACUAGGGUUUGCUGAGGAGAAUAAUGUGGUCUUUCUAUGGACAGCGAUCGGCGUCCACAUGAUCAACCUUGACUCACUCAAGUUCAAGAAGCUUUUCAAAACCAACCACUUUACCUACUAUCAUCCAUUUGAAAGUGUCUACACUGCAGCAACAAGCGGUGGUGGUGGGCAUGACGGGGCUGAGCUUCUGCUCAAUGCGUAAGAUGAUUGUCUGGUUGAAUAUGCUAUUUGAUCUGCCGGUUGAGCAGGUGUCUAGAGUUCUGUUCUGGUGGCCAAGAUGCAGAAAUGGGUUGCUGGGUGCAGGUUAUUACAUUUUGUAUGCUCGAUGCAGAGAUUUACCCUCUAGGUAGUACGCACUGGUCAGCUGUGAAGUGGAUUUGUAGGAAUUAAUCGCUUAGUUUAUUAACUUACAUGUAUUAUCUAAUUUCGGCAGACAUUUGUCAACUGGCAUGAACGUUGAAGGAACAGACAUGUUCCGAUUAAUUAGUACUUAACUUAUGGUUCCUUCA